AUUAUCAUUAAAACACUGAAGUGACCAAGGGAAAGCGUCUCCCUGAGGAAGGUGUACUGUAGGUUGAGUAGGCUAGCCGCUAGAGAAAUGAGCUCCAAAAUGGCCCUCAAGGCCCAAGGCCAGCUUUUAUCGGCUGUACUGAAGGGAAGAUUUGCACAGCCACUGGUUUGUGCAUUCCAUACGACAGCUGUAAAAUCCAAACAUGGUCAGAAACCGAAGAUCAAGAAAGAUCUCAUCAACCAUUCCAGGGCCAGAGGGAUCGAUAUUCUGCGUACCCCUAAACUAAACAAAGGUCAAGCAUUUACUCUGGAGGAGAGACAGUUGAUGGGGAUCCAUGGCAUGAUUCCUGCUGCCAUCAUAACACAGGACCAGCAGAUGGAGAGGGUGAUGGUCAACUUCCGCUCUCGUGCUACCGACGUAGACCGCUACAUCUAUCUUAAUGCAUUAGCAGAGCGCAAUGAAAGGCUGUUUUACCGCUGUCUCGUGGAGCAUACUGAAGAAAUGAUGCCAAUUGUGUACACGCCCACUGUGGGCAAGGCCUGCCAAUUGUAUGGUACUAUCUACAGAAAACCAAGAGGUCUGUUUCUGUCCAUUAAUGAUAGAGGACAUCUCUAUGAGAUGAUAUGCAAUUGGCCUGAGAUUGAUGUUAAGGCUAUCGUGGCCACGGACGGAGAGCGGAUUCUUGGUCUGGGUGACCUUGGGGCCUACGGAAUGGGAAUCCCUGUCGGAAAACUGGCACUGUACACAGCUCUUGGGGGAAUUCCUCCCGAGCAGCUCCUUCCAGUCAUGUUAGACGUGGGCACAAAUAAUGAGGCUCUGUCAAAUGACCCGUUGUACAUUGGAUUGAGACAGAAGAGAGCCACAGGCCAGGUGUAUGAUGAUUUUAUUGAUGAAUUCAUGGAAGCAGUGAGGAAAAGGUAUGGUCAAGACACAUUGGUCCAGUUCGAAGACUUUGGAAAUCACAACGCCUUCAGAUUUCUGGAGAAAUACAGAGACAAAUUUUGCAUGUUUAAUGAUGACAUUCAAGGGACGGCGUCUGUGGCGACUGCUGGUGUUUUCGCCUCACUGAGGAUCACGGGCAAAAAACUGAGAGAUAAUGUCUUCCUCUUCCAAGGUGCAGGAGAGGCUAAUUUAGGUAUUGCUACUCUGCUGUCUUUGGCCAUGCAAGAAGAGGGCGCUACCAAAGAGGAGGCAGACAGUAAAAUGUGGCUGGUGGAUUCCAGGGGCCUGCUUGUCAAGGAUCGACCCAAGGGAGGAAUCACGGGGCACAAGGCGGUGUUCGCAAAGGACCACCGACCUAUCGACACACUCGAGGAGGCUGUGAAAGCUGUCAAACCUACUGCUAUCAUAGGGGCAGCCGCAGUACCAGGUGCAUUCACGGAGGGCAUUAUCAAAGACAUGGCAGCUUUCAAUGAACGUCCAAUCAUAUUCUCUCUCAGUAAUCCAACGAGCAUGUCCGAGUGCUCAGCAGAAGAUGCAUACAAAUUCAGUGAAGGUAGAUGUGUAUUUGCCAGUGGUAGUCCAUAUGAUCCUGUACUUGUCAAUGGAAAAACAAUGUACCCAGGACAAGGAAACAAUGCCUACAUCUUCCCGGGGGUGGCCCUAGCCGCCAUUACGUGCGGCAUCCGUCACAUCUCAGAGCAGGUGUUCCUCACAUCGGCACAGACUCUGGCAGGAUUGGUGACAGAAGAGGACCUAUCCCAUGGUCGCGUGUACCCCCCGCUAAAGACCAUUCGAGAGUGUUCCAUUCAGAUUGCCACUGCUAUUGCUGAUGAAGUGUACAAGGAUAAGCUUGCAUCAUAUUACCCAGAACCUGAGGACAAAAUGCAGUUCAUCCGGGAUUAUGUCUACUCCACGGAUUAUGAGUGCUUUGUCCCAGAAACAUGGGACUGGGAAAAACCAGAAGAGAAAUAGUGCCAAAGAAGUUAAAAGGAAAAAAAAGAAAGAAAGCACAGGAGUUUCUGAGUUUUCUGUGUUUUGUUCACAGUUUCUUAUUUAUUAAAAAUAGAUUUUAACUACUGUUUAUUUUUCAUUUUAAAUGUGCUCCUGCAAUGUAUUGCUGACAGUGUAUUUCGAUGUCAUUAUUUUUCUGUGAGAACCCACCGCCCCCUUUCAAAGUACAAGACCUAUUUUUCAACAAAAAAAUGUCUUGUGAUUGUCAAUGUUGUAGUGUGUCUUGUUUUCGAAUCGAAUUUUUGCAUGCAAAAUGUUUUUUAUUCAAGUGAUCAUCUAUGGGAAUUGUGCUACAAAUUGUGUUUGAAAGAUGUUGAAUAAAACACCUUUCUUGGAUUUGUUAAGAUGCAUUUUGAACGUAGUAUUUGACAGUGCGUACAUGUAGUUUUGUUCCUUGAUCUGUUAUGUGUUCACAUGUAAGUGUAGAUUUGUAGUCAGCCAUUUUAGACUGUCUGUCUGUCUCAGAGAAUUUUUGCAGCAAUUUGUUGGUAUCAAAUUAGAUCUAUUCCUGAAAAUAUCUUGAUGCAAAGACAUUUUACAUUUCAAAUGAUCUGAGAAACUGUGUAAACUGUCAAAUCGGUAGGGCCACUUUAAAAAUAAGGUUAUUGAAAAAAAAUUAGCUAUUUAGAUACAUGUAAACUAGUGUGCAAAAGUGUUGGUAUCCAACAUCUUGUGAUGCAGCAUGAAAAUAUUGAAGGUCUGAAUUAUCUCAAUACUCUGAAUGUCAAUAUUUUAUCCAUUGGCAAUACAUUUUUUUUUUUUUGGUUAUCUCUACCUGUAAUAAUGAAACUGAUGCACAAAUAAUUUGAAAUGUUUCUAAAGAUAACUGAUGCACAAAUAAUUUGAAAUAUUUCUAAAGAUACUGCUUCUGCCGUCCUGUAUUCGUGUACGUAGUACAAAUAAUGUCUGUGUAGGAAUCUCCUCUAUUUAAUAUUUACAAUGCUAAAAAAAAUAAUCCCCCAUCUGAAUGUGUAAUUUUUUAUCAGCUGUUUUAAUUGAUUAACACUUGAUGUAAACCUGAAAUAUCCAUACACGUGUAACGCGUUUUGAAAUUAAUAUGGUUACAUUUGUACGUCACUAAAUUUGGAAUUUACGAAUCGUGAUACUGCCAGUAUACUUAAUGUAUGUAUCACCUGUGUUGCUGUGUUUUAUACUGCCGUAAUAUCACUGUUCACGAGUCCAGUAUGAAAUGGAUCACACGUAUACGAGUAGAAAGCUGUAUCAAUCCACGGCAUGUGUGAGAACUUGAAUGUGAUUGGUUGAUGGAAAGCAAUUGAUUGGCAAAAUUUACAUUCAGUAUUUUUAUGACAUCUUUUUUCAGUAUUAAGGGUCUACUAACUUUAACAUUGGCUGUGCAACUAACAAACUUCAUUAACAACAUGUGAUUAAUACUAAAAAUAGAAAUUUGAUACAGGAUAUUUCUAAUAUGGAUUGUUAACUUUUUCUGCUGCACAGUCGUGUAAAUGAUUAGGAAUUAAACUUAUAAGAUCUACAUAUAAAUCUCUGUUUAAGGAAGUAAUCCAUUAAUGAGGAUAAAAUUUGAUUGGUUGAAAUGUGUGUUUAUUAUUGGCAGAGGCAAAUACAAAUUGUGGAUUUUGGGAGAUGUUUGAAAGUUGUUCGUAAGGAGUGUGUUCAGGGGCAAAGUGUUGUUAGUUUUGGAAUGUUCUAUGUACAAUUGUAUGGUGAGUGAUUAGAUUGUAUGCACAAAUACAGAAUGCUAUUGAAUUAAAUUGUGUGUGCUGAGAUGAAUUUUUAUCAAAAUAUUCCAUCAUUAUGUAGAUAAGAUUUGAUCCAAAGUACAUGUAUUUUAAACACCACCAAAUUUUUGAGCAAGUGGAUGAUGGCUAAGAGGUGAUUAUGUGUUAUAUGUAUUAAGAACAAAGGCAGAAUUGAACAAGUGACGAGUAAAUGUCUUUAUAAAUUCUCUACAAAUGUCACUCGACAAAUCGCAUUCACAGCUCAGGCAUGAAGAACCUGUUCUGAUAGACUUGACGAGUGGAUAUGACUCAACUUUUCUUUUUGGUAGUUUGGCAUAUCAGUCCCUUAGAUCAUUCAUACCAGAAGUUUUUUUUUUUUACUCUCCAGACAAUUAAAAAGUACAUUGAAAUAGAGACCACUUGAGAUCUUGUCAAUUUUGUUUCUUGCAUGUACAAUUUUUUUGUUCGACUAUGAAACAGUGGUAAAUUUUUCUUUCUGGAAGACUUUCAAAAUGAUUCUUGGGAUUUUUUUUUUUUUUUGGUGCUUAAGAUGUUAUGGUUUUAAAGGGUUUGUGUUGAUGAAACAGAAGUUUAUUGUGUUGAUGUAUUUAAAAAAAAAAUUGCUGAUUUGCCUUCAAAGACUGAAGAUAAAUCAGAUAUCAAUAGUUGUAAAUGGCUUAGUUUCAUAAUAAAAUUUUCAAAUUCA